ACCAAUCAUCGGUUCCUCCUAGCCGCCCCGUAAGCGGGAAACCGGCUUUUCGCGGUGCGGGGCGCAGGAAAUUCACGUGUGGAAAUUAUUUGCACGUUUUAUUUAUGAAACGCUCGACUUAUAGCUUGAUUUGAAACUACUGUGGUCCGAAACGGAGCGGUGACAAAGCUCGAAACUCGCCCUCUGCGCUGCACUUUCCUCCCGGCCCUUACGCUAACGCUACGCCUGACUCUCAGUUAGCCGGAUCGUCACGUUAGCUCGCGGGACGUAGACCAUCAUGCGCUAGACACAACAGAGAACAUACUGGCUGAGUAGAAACGGACAAAGGGCUGUCGCUGACAGACACGGGCAGAGAAGACUCCCCCCAAAUGAGUCGGUUCAAUUUAGACCGUUUUCGUUUCGAGAAGAAGGCGCCUAACAAGGACCCGGGUUGCCUGUCCAAAAGUCCGGAUUCUGAAAAGGAGAACGAGCCAGCUCCAGCUAAAUCCUUCAAAGCCACGCAAAAGUCCCACGCACGGGGAGUGGUUUUUGAAGAGGUCCUCUCCAUAGAUCUGGAGGAAAAUCCAGGAAAUCUAGAUGAUUUCCUGACCGAGCCAAACACAAAAAUGCCAUUAACCAAGAAAAACAAGAAGCCACCCAAAGAUGAAGUAUCACAUUAUACAGAUGAUGAGGAGGAGGAGAUGGAGGAGAAAAUAAGCAAACUGCUGGAAAUGUUUCCUCAGUUGACAAGAACUGAAGUGCUAGAGGUCACUGGGAGUACAAGCACGUUGGAAGGCGCUGUAGCUGUCUGCCUUUUAAAAUUUGGGGACAAAGAAGCUCCAAGCGAAGAGCGGAAGAGAAAGCAGGACGAAUCCAGCUGUUCUCAGGACAGAGGUGAUAUUCACCCGAGUAAGAAAAGGAAACUGUCGGCGGUCUCUGAUGAAGAAGACGCCACGGGGAAAGAGCCAAGCUGGGAGAGGCAGGAGGCCAUGGUGAGAAGACUCCAGAAAGGCUUUCCUGACCAGGACAAGGAGGAGUUGAGGAUGGUGCUUCAGGAGCACGACUGGGACGUGGAAGAAGCUCUGCAGGUUCUACAGAUGUUCUCCGAAUCAGAUAAUAGUACCAACGUAGUUACUCCGGAAGAGCGGAAAUCGAAAGGCAAAGACGGGCCGACCAGCGACCACUCAGCGGACAACACUGAAACAGAUGGGGACUUCACAGAUGAUUCAGAAGAACCAGAACCCAGGAAACAAAGGAAAAUCACAGAAUAUGCAUAUUCAAAGGCCCGUGAGCAUACGGACGGGGAAAAGGAGAACGUUUGUGAGGAUCCUCCAGACCGUGAAGGCGUUGGCGAGGCAGACGGGGCUAGCACAGACGGCACGAAGGACAGCGAAGACGAGUCUGACUCAGAGGACCACAAAAGCACCAAAAUUAAAGCGGGCAUUUACACCACCAACCUGUGGACUUCUUCCUCGUCAUCCUCCGUGAGGCAGACCUCGCACGGUUCCGCCUUGAAGCCUUCGUCUUCCUCCUCAGCCGCCCGGGUUUUCCCCAAAUUUUCUAGCGACACGGGUUUAGCUAAGAAGCAAACGGCGGAGAGGAAGAAGGCGGCACAGGCCACCAGCGAGCAAGUCAGCUCUGACGACGGGGAGGACAUGACCAGCGAGUUCGAGGAUUCCGACAGCGAGCUGGAGGCCGACGACGGCAAGACGGACGUCCAAAAAGAGAUCCUGGCGUUUUUACAGAGCGCAUCCAUAGAUGAGCUGUCGCUGAUCUCUGGCUGUUCUAUCAAAAAGGCCCAGAGGAUCGUGGAACUGAGACCCUUCGGCAGCUGGGAAUCCCUGUGGGAUGUCUUCCAUAAGGGAAACGGACUGUCGGAAGAUUUGCUGCAUGGCUGCAGGGCCGUCCUCAAACAGAGGAAGGUCAUCCUCGGCCUCAUGUCCAAAUGUCAGACCAUUUCUACCAAAAUGGUGAAGCAGGUCACUGAGGUGAUGGAGAAUGGGACAGGUUCCACGGAACAGCCCAGUUUACUAAACAGCCAGUUGCAUCUCAAACCGUAUCAGCUGAUUGGUCUAAAGUGGCUCAUGCUUCUGAAUGCACACCAUCUGAGCGGCAUCCUCGCUGAUGAAAUGGGUUUGGGGAAGACCAUCCAGGCUAUAGCAUUUCUGGCCCAGCUGUACGAGAACGGCAUCGAAGGUCCUCAUCUCAUCACUGUGCCUUCCUCCACUCUGGAUAACUGGGUCAGAGAGCUAAGGCUGUGGUGUCCAGCUCUUGAAGUCCUUAUUUAUUAUGGAUCAGUGGAAGAGCGCCGCUACCUCAAACAAGAAAUCCUCAAUGGGGACAUUAAUUUCAAUGUCAUUGUGACCACGUAUAAUUUGGCCAUAGGAAACGAGAACGACCGAGGCCUUUUUCGUAAGCUGCGUCUCCAAUAUGCCAUCUUUGAUGAAGGCCACAUGUUGAAGAACAUGAACACUCUGCGCUACCGCCACCUCAUGUCCAUUAAUGCUGAGCAUCGCCUGCUGCUGACAGGAACCCCUUUACAGAACAACCUGUUAGAGCUGAUGUCUCUUUUGAACUUCAUCAUGCCCACCAUGUUCUCCAGCAGCACAAUGCAGCUCACCAAGAUGUUUUCCAUGAAAUCCUAUGAGGAACAAAGCCGAUUUGAGCGGGAUCGAAUUACUCAGGCCAAACUUAUCAUGAAACCCUUUAUCCUGCGAAGGGUCAAAAAUGAGGUCCUCAAGCAGCUGCCGGCCAAAGAAGAGAAGAUAGAGUUCUGCUCCAUGAGUGAGAAGCAGCAGACUCUCUAUGAGGCCCUCCUAAAGAAACUUAAGAGCACUACUAAUGGAGAGAAGCGUGAGCUGUGUAAUGCCAUGAUGCAGCUGAGGAAGAUGGCCAACCAUCCUCUUCUUCACAGACAGUACUACACCACUGAAAAGCUUCAGGCCAUGAGCCAGCUCAUGCUCAAGGAGCCGACCCACUGCGAUGCCAAUGCUGCUCUGAUUCAGGAAGACAUGGAAGUCAUGUCAGACUUUGAGCUCCAUCGCCUGUGUCAGCAGUACUCCUCCAUCAGCUCCUUCCAGCUUGACACCGGCCUUCUGCUCGACUCUGGGAAAUUCUUCCACCUAACAGAGUUGCUGGCCUCUCUCAAAAGCAAGGGAGACAGGGUGGUGUUAUUCAGCCAGUUUACCAUGAUGCUCGACAUCGUGGAGGUGUUCCUGAAACAUCUCCAGCACCGUUAUGUCAGGCUGGAUGGAUCCACUCCCAUCGCUGACAGGAUUGUGUUGAUUGAUGAGUACAACACAGACCCCGACAUAUUCGUGUUCCUGUUAUCAACGCGUGCCGGAGGGCUCGGCAUCAACCUCACCUCCGCUAACGUCGUCAUCCUGCACGACAUCGACUGCAAUCCCUACAACGACAAGCAGGCAGAGGAUAGAUGUCACCGCGUCGGCCAGACAAGGACUGUACAGGUGAUCAAGCUGAUCAGUAAGGACAGCAUAGAGGACAGCAUCCUGCAGCUCGGUCAUAAGAAGCUAAAGCUAGAACAGGACAUGACUGCUGCUGACCAAGAUGGUGAAGGGACCAUACCCGAGGACAUGGCAUCUUUGCUCAAAGCCUCUCUGGGACUGUGAAACACAAACACAACAACCUUGACACUUGACUGAACUGAUAAACUCUAUUGACUGUAGGCAGCCUGCUGCAAACAAUAUGCUGCCACGACAGAAGCUCUAUAGCAUGGUAACUGUGCCUAAAGCUCUUCUUUUUUUUCUUUUUUUUACAUGCUUGAGUACCCCCCCUCCCAACACAAGUAUUAACUGCCUUUUGAUUCUCAAGCAAUCUAUUUGUUUUGCCAGGUUAACAAGCUGUAGAAGCCACAAUGAGUUCAAGUUAAGCAAAAUAAUAAUUUGUUAAUUUCACACUAUUGUUUAUUUUGAACGAUUGAGACAAAAAGAUGUCCGUUGGACCUAAAGGUUGGUAAUUGGUAAGCUGGAGCUGUCUCAUAAAUGGACUUGUGGCAUUUGGAGCAUCUGUCAACGUUGGUUAUAAGAGUUUACUCAUGAAUUUCUGUUUGAAUUCAACUUGCAAAAAUUUAAAAAUGGAACAAUUUUGAAAGUAUUCAGCUUGUCUUUUAAGCAUCUUGAGUCAGGAGAGACUGAUGCUUUCACAAGGCAGCUUUUUACGUACUGUAUUAGGGGCCAAUGCGUUCACGUGUUACUGUAAAAGUCUUUUACUAAGUUGUUUGUAUCUUUCCAGGCUCAUAUUUGAACUUAUAAUAAAUAUUGGAAUAAAUA